AUGUACGCGCAUUUCUUUCUGGGUGGAUUGGUGAUUAUUGAUUCUCAGAAAGUAAUUUUGCCUUUUGGAUCUGUGGGAUAUGCGAUUCUGAAUGUGGCCAUCGUGGGUGGAAAUAAGGAGGGAGGUGAUCGAACGGAUAUAGAUAAUAUUAUUGUGCAGUUAAAUAAGACCAAGAACUUGUCUGAUUCAAUGACCAGUGAGGCGCCUAAUCCCUCCUGUCAAAGGAUCCAACAACAACAGGAACCGGCAUCUUUUAUCCCCAAGACAGGAAACAAUAUACAUAACAUAUCUGUGCAGACAGGUGAGGAAUUUUCCAUGGAGUUCCUCCAGGACCGUGCGACCACCAGAGGGAUUUGCCCUAUGCCCAGUACAGCUCAAAAUUGUGAAAGCAAAUAUGGGCACUUUAAUGAUCAAGUUCAUCAGCGAGGAUAUGAGGAUCUUGCUCACAUACUUGGGUUAAGGAGAAUGGAUUCUGAGUCUGCUGAUGAUAUUGCUGAUUUUGCACCUGCAAAAGGGUCUUCAAAGGAGACUGAAAGUGUGGCUUAUGCUGACAAGUUAAACAAACUGAAAAUGGAGGAUGGUGAUACUGUAAAUAGAUCAGGGAAAGUUCUCAGUGAAUUGGUUUGUGAGAAGGGUGCUGUUUUGGGUCCAUCUGCUUCAGCCAUUCAGGCACAAGAAUCCCCUUGUUCAGAUAUAUCUCAGCCAGGAAAGAUGAAGUUCCUUUGCAGUUCUGGGGGUAAGAUUUUGCCAAGGCCCAGUGAUGGCAAGCUCAGAUAUGUGGGAGGAGAGACCCGCAUUAUUUCCAUUUCUAAGAAUCUUACAUGGGAUGAACUCCUCAAGAAAACUAGAUGUAUUUGCAACCAACCUCACUCCAUCAAGUAUCAGCUUCCUGGUGAGGAUCUUGAUGCUCUUAUUUCUGUGUCUUCUGAUGAAGAUCUUCAAAAUAUGAUAGAGGAGUACCAUGGACUUGAGAGGCUUGAGGGUUCUCAAAGGCUUCGAAUAUUUUUGAUUCCUCUGGGUGAAUCCGAGGAGUCAUCUUCUUUUGAUGGAACUACCAUCCAGCAGGACAGCCCCAACUACGACUAUGUUCUUGCUGUAAACGGCGUGUUCGAUCCUAAUCCUAGGAAAAACUCUGGUGGGCAGGUUUCAACAAAUGAAGCAAGUCAAUCUGGAAAUAUUUCAGAUCAAAAUCCAAGCUUUCCCAAACAUUCUCCAUCUCCUCUAUUUCCUUUGGAGGCUAAAGGUGGUUUUAAUGCUUUUCAUCCUCCUAUAUUUUCAAAUGAACCCAACUAUAUGGCCAAACCUCCCUGUCACUCUCCUCAUAUUUCUCCAAUUCCUCUACAGCAUCUAGACUCUAUGAAUUCUAAUAUAAAAUCACAUGGUGCUAACUCCAGUGUUGAGAGCUGCAGUUCCUUCAUUACUGCUCAGUUGUCGCCUGAGAACUGCAGCAUAUCUGCAGUUUGCAAACAACCCACUGAGGAGCUGGUAGCUUUGAUGAAUCACUGCAAAAAUGUGGACAAUCUUCAGGCUGAACAACCACAUGGAGUGCAAUUCCACAACCAUAAUCUUUGCACAGAACACGUGACCCCCUCAGUUUUUCAUCAGUGUGAAGUCAAUUUUAAUGGUUUCUCUGGGGAGAGGCCUAUACGUAAGGACAGGGCAAUUCAGUCGGAGACGACUUUAUUGGGCCCACAGGAUCCAUUGGGUCUAUUCUCAGGGUCCAUAGACUCCAUUGAUUCUCAUCAUGGAAUGCCACAUGCCUUUUCAGAUUCCAAGCUACAAGAGCAUGGGAGGCUGUCUGCUUACUGUUCACAAGAGGGGAUGAGCCCAUCAUCUCCAUUGAACUUUUCCAAGUCACAGUUGUCUUCAAUAGUCUCAAGUACUUCACAAGAUAAACCUGAGCAGCUGCAUGAGAAUUUUAAUUUGGUAAAUCCUACCCUACAAAGUAAGUUACUGGACAUUGAGUCUUCUUUGUCUCAGAAUGGGCUGGAUUUGCUGAAUCUUUCUUCAUGCUUGAAAUCAGCUGGAAGGAAUGAAUCCAUUCAUAAAGCUAACGCCAUUACUGAUGAGCAAUGCCAAAUUUCAAAGGGUUGCAUGGAAAUGAAUUCAGAAAUGACGAAUGCAAUUGAUAAAAUUAAUCCAUUUUGCCAUCAAGCUGAAAAGCCUUAUGAGGAGAAAGCUGCAGUUCUGAAGUACAACACCAAAUUGCUACCUUCUGAAGCCAAUGAUUUCAAACCUUCUGUAGACAACUUCAUCGAGCAGUCCCAGAACUAUCAAGCCCCGUCUGAUCUCCUAUUCAUGGACCAGAGGACUGUGAGCAACCAAUACAUCAGUUUGAGUGGAAAAGUGAAUGGUGAACAAGGAAGCAACAUCCUAGGGAACAGCAGUUCACAAGCUGAGGAGUUAUUAAAAAAUGGGAAGCUGCACCCUUGUGAUGAAAGUCCUUUCUUUGAUCUUUUAUCUGGAUUCUCUAACAAUCAAUUUUCCCCUGAAUCAGCACAAGGUGAACCAUUUGAAAGUCAUAACAGUAAGGGUAACAAAGACUCCUUGCUCAUACAAUCUAUAAACUCAUACCAAUCUGCUGUUCAUGAUGACUUUGGUGCAAAUACAACCUUGCAUGUGAAUGAACUCCAUUCUGCAGCAGUUAAUGACACUAAAGAUGCUUUGUAUGAGAUAAAGGUUCCUCGCAUGGUUGAUGACCAUGGAAGUUAUCCUGAUCAGAAGGUUGACCAGUUGGAUCAUGGAGGAUCUUAUGAGAAGUCAAAUGUUGAGAAGAUUAUCUUGGCUCAAACAAAAUCAUUAAGUAAAAAUAAAGAUCAAAACAAGCUGGAGCCAUUAUUUACCGAGGAAUCUUUGACCGAUAAUAUGCCUUGUAUCAUUGUAUCUUCUCAUGCAAUUGUCAGAGAUGUUGCUGAUACAGUCAACAAUGAUUUUAGAUCUCCUUCAGCAAUCGAGGCUGAGAGCAGUAUGCCACAUGUUACUAUGCCUGUUACUGAUCCAACCAGCUUUGACCUUAUGUUUCCAAGUGCAACAGACUCGGUGAGUAUCAUCCCACAUGUUCGCCCACAUGUUGCUGAUCCAACCAGCGGUGAUUUUUUAUCUCCUUCCGCUACAGUAUCUGAAAGCAUCAUGCUAGAAACUGAGUUUGAGGACAUAAAGGAUGAUACUGGAGAUAAGGAUAAAUCUAUUAGCGAUGCAGUGAUAGCUGAAAUGGAAGCUAGCAUCUACGGCUUGCAGAUUAUAAAGAAUGCUGAUCUUGAAGAACUAAGAGAGUUAGGAUCCGGCACAUAUGGCACAGUCUACCAUGGAAAAUGGCGUGGAACAGAUGUUGCCAUAAAAAGAAUUAAAAAGAGCUGUUUUUCGGGGAGAUCGUCAGAGCAAGAACGUUUGACAAAAGACUUUUGGAGAGAAGCGCAGAUCCUCUCAAAUCUUCAUCAUCCAAAUGUGGUUGCAUUUUAUGGGGUAGUUCCAGAUGGGGCUGGAGGAACAUUAGCCACUGUGACUGAAUAUAUGGUCAAUGGAUCACUUAGGCAUGUCUUACUUAAGAAGGAUAGAUCACUGGAUCACCGUAAAAAGCUCAUAAUUGCCAUGGAUGCAGCUUUUGGGAUGGAAUACUUGCACUCGAAAAAUAUAGUCCACUUUGAUCUGAAAUGUGACAAUUUGCUUGUCAAUUUAAGGGAUCCUCAAAGACCCAUAUGCAAGGUUGGAGAUUUUGGUCUAUCAAGAAUCAAACGGAAUACUCUUGUAUCUGGUGGCGUGCGAGGUACCCUUCCAUGGAUGGCACCAGAAUUGUUGAAUGGAAGCAGCAGUCGGGUUUCUGAGAAGGUUGAUGUUUUCUCAUUUGGCAUUUCACUGUGGGAGAUCUUGACUGGUGAGGAACCUUAUGCAGAUAUGCAUUGUGGUGCAAUCAUCGGUGGAAUAGUUAAAAACACUCUUCGGCCUCCUAUUCCGGAAUGUUGUGAUCCUGAGUGGAGGACGCUGAUGGAGCAGUGCUGGUCACCUGACCCUGAAUCUCGACCAUCAUUUACUGAGAUAACAAAUAGGCUUCGAGCUAUGUCUUUCGCACUUCAGACAAAAGGAAAUAAUAUUCAGGCAAGACCAGUGAAGGCAAAAUUACUCCCAUGAAUUAGCAGCAUAUAUUAUGUCCCCCGUUUCUGUCUUUAAGCGCCAGGACUGGCUAGUAUCUUGUAUAGAAGCACUUGUCUAGCAUCUUCAAGCAUGGAUGGAGUUCGUAUCUUCCUGUUUCUCACCUUUGCUAAUGAAAUAUCUUCAUUUGUUUAUUCUUUUGUAACCCGAGAAGGGAAAAAAAGAAAAAGAAAAAAAAAGGUAAAUAGUAAAUAGAGCAUUAGGAUUCUCUGACUAGUAUGUUUUUUGGCUAGAAAAUGUGUGUAUACACUCAUAAAGAGGGAAAGGGUAAAUAUAAUUGGUGCUUUUGCUCA